AUGAUUCGUCGGAGUUUGAAAGAUGAGAAGUUGCCACAGUAUGUGCUGAUAGCAAUGAUAACAGACCUUUUAGAUACAAGUUUGGAAGCUAUCUCCAGAAGUUACAAUGACUCUACUUUUGGUUAUCUUUUCAUCAUCAACAAUAGGAGGUUCAUACAGCUGAAUUCAAAACGGUAUGGAUUGAAACCUAUUUUUGGCCUUGAUUGGCUCCACAAAAACACAACAGAAUUCCAACAAAAACUUGAACUCUAUCGAAGAAGUUCGUGGAAUAAGAUUGCGGACAUUUUGAAGUUGGACAUCAAUGAGGCAGAGCCUAAUGUUGCGGUGGAGUUGAUGAAAAACAAGCUCCUUUCCUUCAAUGAACACUUUGAUGAUAUAUGCAACUUUCAAGCUACGUGGUUUGUCUUGAAUGAGGAGUUAAGGAAACACAUUAUAAAAUCCAUAGGAAACGUCUUGUUGCCAGCAUAUGGAAACUUCAUUUCAAGGUUCCAGGAUUUUCUUGGUAAUCAUGCUUACAAAUACAUCAAGCAUGGAAUGGUUGACGUUCAACAUCGACUCAACAAUUUGUUUCUUGUGAGGGAGUAG